AUGGUAGGAAGAUUGCGAGCAUUGCAAAUUGAGGAGAUGGACGAAAUAAUGAACGAGGUGAUUUCAUCUACGACUAGAAGUACUGCUUCUAGACAACUUAGUACUUGUAUGCUUCCGCUAUUUGGUAACCUGAAUUUUUUGAUCACAAGGGAAAACAAGAAAGAGAACCCUUGUGAGUGAUCAAAUUCAGGCUAAGUACCAAAUACCGGAACCAUUCAGUACUUCGUCUGCAACUAGUGCGAUGGCGAAUCCCUUCGAAACUGGCGCCACAGACGAUCAAUGCGUCUUGACCGCGUGUCAGGUGAUGCGGUUACUGUCUCCGACAUCGGAGAUCACUUUGAAGCGGGAUCCAGAUGCUAUGGCCAGACUAGAGGUAGGUGAUACGGAGUAUUGCACUGCGCCUGUAUCAAGACAACGUAAGCGCCUACAUGCAGUGUCAACUUCGCAUUUACCCAUUGAUUUCCCA